AUGUUCGACCGUAGUCGGGAAAUAAUUUUUGAAGGAGAGCAACAAUCCGAUGAAAUGAUGAAACUGUUUGAAAAGCAACGCCAAAAAAGUAAACAAAUGGAAAAAGCUAUGGCUCAUUUAGAAAAAAUGAGAAAAGUAACUGAUGAUUUGUUAUACCAAUGCAUUCCUCGACCAGUGGCCAGAAAAAUUAGGAAUGGUACCCCAGCAAUGGAAACUAUACAAACAUUUGAUGAAGUAACAAUAUGCUUUACUAAAGUUGUGAAUUUCGCUGCAAAAUGUAUGCAUAUAACUGUUGAACAAGUGAUUGAAUUACUCAAUAAAAUGUAUUCUCUUUAUGAUGCUCUAACAGAAAAUCACAAAGUUUAUAAGGUUGAAACAAUUAGUGACAGUUAUAUGUUGGUUUCCGGGGUACCCAGUCGUACACCAUUACAUGCAGCGCAUAUUAUUGAUACAGCACUAGAUAUUAUAGAAGCGACAUUAGCCAAUCUGUAUUGGCCAGUUACAAUUGAAAAUACUCCACCUGGUCCAAAAACUAAAACACUCUAUACAGAUGAGAAUUUACACCUUUAUGUUGGAUGUCAUACUGGGCCAGUUGUUGCUGGUGUAGUCGGUUAUAAAACACCAAGAUAUUGUUUAUUUGGUGAUACAGUGAAUACUUCAAGUCGGAUGAUGAGUCAUGGAGUGCCCGACAAAAUACAUGUAAGUGACUCGUGUGCUCAAUCUCUAUCCCCCUAUCCAUACAUAGUGGAAUGUCGAGGUGAAAUUACUAUAAAGAAUAAUUUAACCUCUAAAACUUCUAGUUAUGCGUUAUGGGGAAUGAAAACAUAUAUUGUCACUGGUCGCAAACCGGAAUUCACUGUCGAAGAUACAACUGAUGGUAGUAAUGGUCGCAGUUUUGCUGAUGUUUUAAAAGAAGAUUUGCUCAGAGAAGAGGAUACUCCUUCGGAAGAUUCAGAUGGAUCGGUUAAAUUAUCAAUUGAUCUUUCCGAUAAAAGUGGAACUACUGAAGGUUCCGAACCAGGAUCCCCAAAAGACGAUAUAGAAGAACUAGAAAUGGAUGAGGAUGUACGCCCAAUAAAAGAAAAACAAAGAUCUAGUCGAGGCGGAAGUAGACGUUCAAGUAAAGAAAAGGUUGAUUCCAGUAAAAAUGAAAAUAAAAGACGCCAAUCUAAACAGCCUUCAAAUCCUGCCUCUCUGAUAGCUGAGGAUGGAAAAAAGGACAAUGGUGAUACAGCUUUUGUGAAUAAUCAAAAUACAACUGAAAUCUUAAAUCAAGCUGCACGUCGUCUAGUUGAAACGAAAAUAAACGAUGUCAAGAAUGAACAGAAAAUGAAGCAAGACAUAACAUUCAAUCUAGACAAUCCAAAAGAAAUUAUGAAAGAAUCACCAAGUGAACCUGAUCUACAGGCAGUAAAUAAUCAACCUGAUGAAGCAGCUCAGUUUAAGUCUAAAAAUAAACCAUUUGAACGCAGUAGACUGAUUAAACUAAACCCAGCAAAUAGGACUUCCAGAGUUAGCCAAGUUACUGGUAGCAACAAUGAUAAAGCUAAUUUAAGUUCAAGUGCUGAAGAAAUCUUGCCAACAGAUAACAGUAGCGAGAACGCAGAGGCUGGUGAUGACAAUGAUGAUCAGAACAAAGAGGAUGCUGUUCAACAAUAUCGUGAUAUGGUCAAGCAAAAUGUUUUUGAUCCGGUACCAGCUAUGUCAUUCUGUUCUCCACAAGGAGCUAUGUUUAGAGAUUUAGCUCAACCAUUAUGUUUGGCGCUAACAGAAGUACUCAUUGUUAAACCAAAAAAUCCAAUUCUGUAUCUUGGGCUUUGGUUAAAAAACUAUUCAAUAGAUAGUUCAAAAUUGGAUUGGAUCAUUAGUUCUAAAUAA